AUGAACGCCCAAAAUAAACCUCAAAUAAUUGAGCAUAUAAAUCAUUCUCUUGACAAUACUGUAUACGAUGUAAAAUGGGUUGAUAAAAAAUCUAGCAUUAUUUCUGCUGGGGAAAGAUUGGACAAAAAAGGGUAUAUAAGUAUAUGCAAUUUAAACAAAGGGAAAUUUACUUGUAUAUCUAACAGCAAAACGGAUAAUGGCAUCAAAACAAUUACUCCCUUUUAUUCUUAUUCAGGGGCGUAUACAAUUGCUUGUGGAGCAUUUGAUGGAAGAAUAUUACUAUAUGAUAUUAAUAAUAUGUCUAAAGAGUAUUAUAGCAUAAAAAAACACACUAAAUUAAUAAACAAAAUAGAUUGUAAAAAUUCCAAAAAUAAUAACAUCAUAGUAACCGGAAGCAGGGAUGGAUCUGUUAAGGUUUUCGACAUUCGAACAAAUAAUGAAGCUAUAAGUUUAGAACCUCCAAAAGACGCACCUUAUAUCCCUGAUUGUUGGUGUGUUUCAACAGGAAAUAAUUACAUUGAAGAAAACACCUUUAGUGGGAAUUAUCAUGAAAAUCUAAAUAUUUGUGCAGGUUACGAUAAUGGGGAUAUAAAAUUUUUUGACUUAAAAAUGGUAUCAAUUGAACAUGAGGUUAAUGUUAACAAUGGAGUGUGUUCGGUUAAUUAUGACAGAAAAGAUACAAAAAAAAACAAACUAAUUUGCUCAACUUUAGAAGGAAAUAUUUAUAUAUUUAAUUUAGAUGUCUAUAGUGAAGGUUAUGGAUAUUCACACAGCAAAGACCAAGUAGUUUCCGGAACAUGCUGGGAUACACCCUUUUUACCACAAAACCGUGAUAUUUUUGCGUGUUUAGGAGGUGACGGAAAUCUAAUUUUAUAUAAAUACAUUAAUCCAGAAAAAAAUUUCGUGUUUGACGAAUUAAAAGGCUACAAAAAAGGAAUUGUAGGAGAACUAGACAAAUUGAAUCACCUAAAUGUUUCAACCCAACCAAUAAUUUCAUUUGAUUGGAAUAAGGACAAGUUAGGUCUUUGUGCUUUUGCUUCAUUGGACCAAACAAUUAGGGUUUACAUAAUAACUAAGUUAAAUUUAUGUUAA